AUGUCAGUAGCCAUUGAAGUGAAAAUAUCUGAUUUACGAGCCAAUCGACAGAAACUUGAAGACAAAGCCAAGAACAGAAAUGAUGCUCUGUAUUUCAUAAACCCUAGAAAGCUGUGCAAAGCAACUGAAUUCAGCGAGAGGUUGAGCUACUUUGGACUAUCAUCAAAUUUGAUCAUAUACCUAACAAAAGUGAUCAAACAAGACCUUCAGACAGCAGCCAAAAGCGUCAACUAUUGGUCUGGCGUCACCACAUUGAUGCCCUUGCUUGGCGGCUUUCUAGCCGACGCUUAUUUUGGCCGAUUUUCUACUAUCCUAGCCUCGUCGAUCAUCUAUCUCCUCGUCUGUCUAACAACAGUUUUACUGAAAAACUUUCAGGGGUUGCUAGUGUUAACAAUGUCUCGAGUGAUCCCGAGCCUGGAACCGUGUGGGCCCGGGCCCUGCCCGGAGCCCCGAAAAAUCCACGUCAUCAUUUUUUUCUUAGCCAUGUACUUGAUCUCGAUCGGGACCGGUGGGCACAAGCCCUCGCUCGAGAGCUUCGGGGCCGACCAGUUUGACGACGACCACGCGGGGGAGCGGAAGAAGAAGAUGUCAUUUUUCAACUGGUGGUGUUUUGGGCUUUGUUGCGGGCUCUUGCUAGGGGUGACCGUGAUCGUCUACAUUCAAGACCACAUCGGGUGGGCUACGGCCGAUGUUAUUUUGACAUCCGUUAUGGCAUUCACUGUCGUGAUAUUCUUGAUCGGAAGGCCGUAUUACCGGUUUCGGAGGCCCAACGGGAGUCCCUUGACUCCUCUGCUUCAGGUUUUGGUGGCGGCUUUCGUGAAGAGGAAUCUCGAGCACCCGUCAGAGCCCGGUAAGCUUCACGAGGUCUCGCGCUCGGGCAAGGACAAUGGGAUGAGGUUUCUUGUCCACACGGAGAGGCUCAAGUUUCUCGACAAGGCCGCGAUUGUAGAGGACACCCGAACCCCGACCGACGAACAAAACCCGUGGCACCUGGCGACCGUGACGCGAGUCGAGGAGGUCAAACUCCUGGUCAACAUGAUCCCGAUAUGGCUAACCACACUACCCUUCGGCAUCUGCGUGGCACAAUCCUCGACGUUCUUCAUCAAGCAGAGCGUGACCCUCGACCGUAGGAUCACCUCCAAGUUCGAGAUCCCGCCGGCUUCCAUCCAAGCCCUGUCGGCCAUCACCCUCGUUUUCGCGAUCGCGUUAUACGACCGGGCCCUCGUCCCCUUCCUCCGACGCCUCACGGGGAAUGACCGAGGGAUCAACCUUCUCACACGGAUCGGGACUGGUAUGAUAUUCUCCGUACUCACCAUGAUGGUCGCGGCCCUCGUCGAGAAAAAACGGCUCGACAUUGUUGAGAAAAACGGGAGUUCCCAGUCGAUGAGUGCCUUCUGGCUGGCGCCGCAAUACGUGAUAAUUGCAAUUGGGGACACAUUCACACUCAUCGGACUUCAGGAGUAUUUUUACGAUCAAGUCCCUGACUCGAUGCGGAGCUUGGGGAUCGCUUUCUAUCUUAGCGUGCUUGGAGCCUCGAGCUUUGCGAGCGGCCUAUUGAUAACAAUAGUCGACCAUGUGACGGGAAGUUGGGGCACGAGUUGGUUUGGUAAGGAUCUGAAUCAUAGCCGGCUCGACUAUUUCUACUGGUUUUUGUGUGGGAUCACGAGUUUGAACUUGUGUGUUUACGCGUAUAUCGUGAGGAAGUAUCCGUACAAGAACGUGAGGCGGGCGACGGUGGCCGUGGCCGAUUGUGACGGGGUGGGGAUGGUGAUAGUUUAAAAUGUAGCUAGCUACAAUGCAAGGGGUUUUAUGAAUGUAAUUGUAAUGACUAAUAAUUAAUUUCGUCUAAGCUACGACAUAAAUGAAUUUUACGUAUGAUUGCGGUCAUCAAUGAUAUUCAUGAUUGUGGUCAUCGAUGAUAUUUUUCCUUAUUAUUUGCAUUUUCACUAGGAAAGAGUCGUGCAAGAGAUUAAAAAUACUCUC